AUGGCCUGCUGUCUGCUGAGUAGGCAGGCAGCAGCCACUGCCUUUGAAGGGCACAGUCCCCGACUGGCACUGUCUCUACAGAAUCAGGCCUCGGAACACGAGCACAAAGAUGGAGAAAGUGAGGCCAAGAGAAAGGAAGGGCCUUUUGGCUUUCAGAGCAGGAUCACGGCAGUGAGUAAGAAAAAGCACCUCACCAAAGGUGGCAAAAAAGGAGCCAAGAAGAAGCUGGUUGAUCUAUUUCCAAAGAAGGAUUGGUAUGAUGUAAAACCACCAGCUGUGUUCAACAUUCACAAUAUUGGCAAGACACUGGUGACAAGGACUCAAGGAACCAAAAUUGCCUCUGCUGGUCUCAAGGGCCGAGUUUUUGAAGUGAGCCUUGCUGAUCUGCGGAAUGAUGAGGUUGCUUUUCGUAAGUUCAAGUUAAUUACGGAAGACGUUCAGGGGGAAAAUUGUCUGACUCAUUUCCACGGAAUGGAUCUUACCCAGGACAAGAUAUACUCCAUGGUCAAAAAGUGGCAGACCAUGAUUGAAACCCAUGUCGAUGUCAAAACUACAGAUGGGGUGCGGCUAGGCUACUUGCUCCGCCUCUUUUGCGUUGGUUUUACCAAAAAGCACAACAACCAGAUCCAUAAGGCCUCUUAUGCCCAGCACCAACAGGUCUGUCAAAUUCGUAAGAAAAUGAUGGAAAGCAUGACCCAGGAGGUGCAGACAAAUGACUUGAAAGAAGUUGUCAAUAAACUAAUUCCAGACAGCAUUGGAAAAGACAUGGAAAAGGCUUGCCAGUCCAUUUACCCUCUCUGAAAAGUCAAGAUGCUCAAGAAGUCUAAAUUUGAAUUGGGAAAGCUAAUGGAACUGCAUGGUGAAGGUGGUGGCUCUGGAAAACCUUCAGGAGACGAAACAGACACAAAAGUAGAAAGGGCUGAUGGCUAUGAUCCACCAGUUCAAGAAUCUGUCUAA